AUGGUGUCCAAUAGCACCGGCGCCUUCUCUCUCCCCGUCAGCACCUCAGCCAAGGUCGGCAUGGCCAUCCUGACCUUGGCCUUCGCGUUGGGCUUCCCGGGGAACCUCUUUGUGGUGUGGUCGGUGGUUUGUCGUGUCCAAAAGCGCUCGGUGACGUGCUUGCUGGUCCUCAACCUGGCGGCGGCCGACGCUUUGGUGUUGCUCACGGCGCCCAUUUUCCUGCGUUACCUGGCCGGGGGGCAGGGCUGGGAGUUUGGCUCGGCGGCCUGCAAGCUGGUGCACUACCUGUCCAGUGUCAACAUGUACGUGUCCAUCUACCUCAUCUGUCUGAUGAGCAUGGAUCGCUGGCUGGCUGUCAGCAGGCCUUUCCUAUCCCAGAGGAUGCGGACUAAGCGCUCCCUGCUGAUCCUCCUCCUGGGAGUCUGGGUCAUGGCCUUCGUGCUGUCACUUCCGAUGCCGUUCUACCGAAGCAACCUGAGGAAAGUGUUCCCCAACAACGCCACGUUGAAAUUUUGCGUGCCGUACCACUGGCGAAGUGUGGGCCAUCGGGUCUUUCAGUACACCUUUGAGACCAUCAUGGGCUGCCUGGUGCCCUUCUCCCUCAUCAACACUUGCUACUCGUCGGUCAUCUGCCGCCUGCAGAGCGCCAUGUUCCAGCGGCGCGGCAAGGGCAGCCGGCUCAUCUUGAUGAUCAUUUGCACCUUCGCCGUUUUCUGGCUGCCGUAUCACAUCGUCAACACCAUCGAGGUGAUCGGUCUCUUGCAGGGCAGCCAGGCGACGGUAGCGGCCGCCCUGGUGGCCCGCCCCAACGUCACCGCCUUCGCCUACUUCAGCAGCGCCGUCAAUCCGAUUCUCUACGUCUUUGCCGGCAGCUCUCACAUCCGCCAGGCCGGCCUCAAUUUCAUGGGCAAGCUCUUUGAGGCCACCAACUCGGAGAGCAGGAGCACGUCCACCUUCACCCGCAGCGGACGCACCAGCUCGUCGCGGGAAGACACCUCGGUGCUGCAGACCCUGUCGGUCAAAUUGGGGAAGCCGUUCAGGGGGAGGCAGGGAGACGGCGGCGACGUGUCGACGAGAGAGAUGGACGAGCCGGAACUGAAGACUCUGGCAAGUGUCGAGCCGUUCGAAUAGUGUAAAUACCCUGAUCAUCUUUCUUUCUAAUGUGGAUUCUUCCUUUUGUUUUUGUAUACCUACAAUGAUACCCACUUCCAUUGUCACAAUGCUGCCUUCACAUAGCUAAUAUUGCUUCAUUUUGAGAGAACUAUUCAUGUAAUACAGUAAUCCCUGGUUUAUCGCGGAUAAUUGAAGUGAAUAAGUGAAAUCCACCAAGUACGGUCACCAACAAGAAGUACUGGGCAGGCUAACGAGUUAGCGGAAAGAUGCUAAUUUGCAAUCGUGCUAACACGCGAAAACGGACUUCUAAAGGAAUUUAAAAGAAUAUUUUGAGCAAUACUACAUUGUCCUAAAGUUUAGACACAUGGUCCUCAAUUUAGAAGUUUUAUUUUGACUUUAAAUGUUUUUUUAAUUUGGGGAAAAAAAUCCGCGAUGUAGUGAAACCGUGAUAAACAAAACGCGAAGUAGCGAGGGAUCACUGUAUGUUUAUUAUUGUUACUAUAACAGCGAGAGUUGGUCCGCUCGCGCAUAAAUUGGACUUUCAAGAUUUGUGGCGACAAAAACGAGAUUGCAUCUGUCGAAGCGCACUUCCUGUCUUUCACCACACGCUAUUUUCAAAACCUCACGCGACACUCAUCUGAGAACUGUCAGUUUCAGCAGAAUCUUUGCGUCAUGUUCUUAGAGCGGGAAAAGUAUCAAAUAAAUGGUUUGCUGGAAAGUAA